UGUCAAAUCGAUAGUAUUUUUUUUCCUUCUGCACAUAGCUGGAAUUACGAGUGGCUAGAUUAAAAAUCGUGUUUAGCUUUAAUUUUAUCACAAUUUUGGUGCUCACUCAAUACUAUUCGCUCGAUGUGGACAAAUUACUUCCUCUGAUCGCAUUAGAUCGCGUGUGGGCUUAAGUUUAACGCUGGAAAAUUCAUUUAAUUUUCAGCCCCUGGCAGCCCAUUGUUUUCUUGAUGUUUACUAUUCGUGUUCGCUCAGACAACGAUGGAAGCAAUAGCACAGGAGCUAAACAUUCCGCGGCGACAUAUCCGGGAAACGCGUUGUCCCCAUCGGUUCCAGCUGCUGGCUCACAAAUCAUGGCUCAAAGCUUGCUCACAGUCGGGAAAAGUGCCCAGCGAGUUCCCCAUCUGCGUUAUGGAAGCACUGGAAUGGCCCACCGGGGGACCCAGCAGUGGCUGGUCACGGGUGUACAUCACGGUCUACAAAAAGCAACCGACUAGGGUGAUCCCUCUGCCACGCAACAAACUCCUCACCAAUUUCGUCGGUGGCGAUGCAAAUCCCUACGAGAACGAGGACCCACUCCACUACUCCCAGCUGCUUCAAUAUGUUUCCCAGACCAACAAUAAGAAUCUCUGGAAGGCCGCCUAUCGCAAGUAUGCCGCAUCACGUCCCGACCCGGGACAUUCAUCACCGAUGGGCGAACGUUUUGAUACCGCCAGCAAUAACAACAGUACAAAGAAGCAACAAUUGCACCAACAGCAGGAUAAUAUUAGCAACAUAUCAGCGGCGCUGCUUCCACACGACAUUGUUCUGCGGGAGGCGCUCAUACGAACCUACGGGUGUCGUAUCGUGCGGUUAGAUGCGGAAAAUGGGGACGAAUUUCAACCCGCUCAAGGUCCGGUCAGUGUAGCUCAGGGACACGCCAAUCUCUAUCCGGCUCUGGUGGCGAUAGAAACCAGCCUGCAUCUGUACGUGAUUUUUGAUCCAUUUCUUGAGAAUAAUCUGCUGGAUUGUGUUACCUACAGUUCGGCUAUUCUGGAAAAGUCGCAUAACAAACCGUUGUUUCUGGUUUAUCAAUUGUUGAAUCUGAUGAAGUCACUGCACGAUCGAGGUUUGAAUAUGGGCAAUCUGAGCCUAGGAGAUUGUUAUUUGACGGAGAAUUUGUGGCUGAGAGUAAUGCCGAAUCUGGAGGCCAAUUUGGUCGAAUACAAUGAUGAAGUUCAGCGACAGCUGGAUGAGGUAUGCAAUCGACGGUUGGUGUUAAGCCGGGCUUCUAAGGUACGACUGAUGAAAGGGUUGGACUUGAAGUACUCGCUAAAGGAUUGGUGCGAAAUGUGGUGUCACGGGCAGUUGUCUAAUUUUGACUACCUCACAAUUCUGAAUAACCUGGCAGGGAGAAGAAUCGGAUGCCCGGAACAUCAUCAUAUAAUGCCUUGGGUAACGGAUUUUUCCACCCGGAAUGGUCAGAUUUGGAGGGAUCUGAAGAAAUCUAAGUAUCGUCUGAACAAGGGAGAUGCUCAGCUGGAUUUGACAUUUCAGGCUGCCUUGGGGACGGAGGGAACGGUUCCUCAUCACGUUUCGGAUGUCCUUUCGGAAAUUACCUACUAUGUUUAUAUGGCACGAAGGACGCCCAAGUCUGUUCUGUGUAAAAAUAUUCGACCGAUUUGGGUUCCGGCUGAAUAUCCCAUUUCGAUACAGCGGCUGCAGGAAUGGACACCGGAUGAGUGCAUCCCGGAGUUUUUUACAGAUCCGUUGGUUUUCAAAAGCAUUCACGAGGACUUGCCAGAUUUGGAAGUACCCAUUUGGGCGACCUGUCCGGAAGAUUUUAUUGCGAAACACCGGGAAGCGCUGGAGAGUCAGUAUGUAUCGGAGAAACUUCAUCACUGGAUUGAUCUUACAUUCGGUUAUAAACUAACCGGUUCAUCGGCGAUUAAAUCGAAAAAUGUCUGCCUGUCGUUGGUAGACCGGCAUCAAAAUCUGUGUCAGCGAGGUGUGGUGCAACUGUUCACGAAUCCUCAUCCGAUCAGGCAGUUUGCCACGAUAUGGAACGGAAAAACACCGCCCAGGCUGAACACGGUUCAAGAGAUUCGUCACCGGCUGACCAGAAGCUCGGAAGAUUUGUCUCACCAGGGUUCAAGUUCCGGAUAUGCCGGGUAUGAUUCUGGCUUCUACCCGGAGUACACUUCUUCGCCGCAAAAUCGGUACUCAUCGCAGAAUUUGCACAGUUCCAGCAGCGGGUACAAGUCGGAGUCUAUCGAACGAUCUACCAGCUAUCAUAUCAGUGUCCAGCCACGAGUUCCUUCGGUGGUAGUCUUGCCGAAGAAUUACAAUCCGAUUGCACAGCUAAAUGCCGUAGAGAAUUUGGGAUUGUUUAUCGCGAAGACCUUCCACACGUCGCCGGUGGCUUCGAGGGAGUCCCUGGGCAAGAACAAAGCCGUUGAUGAUGAUUUUGAACUAUGGAACGUUAGUACCGGGAGUAGUUACGAGCGAGAACUUAGCUACGAAAAUAAUUCUUUCACCAAUCGGCUAUUUUCCGAAGCCUACGAAGCUUCGCUACUAAAGGACAAAAAAAUGUUUCAAAAUCUUCGCUUUCAAAGUUUGCAACAACAGGCCAACUCGAAGCAAACUUUCAAACAGUUGGUUCUGGACGUCCGCACAAUGGAUCUGAAGGUUUUGGGAUGCUUGAUCGUUGAGCUGUUCUUUGCGCCCAAACUAAGACCUCACGGCAGUUGCCUGCAGCAGGAUUUUGACAGCCGUUACGAAUCCUGCGUUAAAUUAGUAAAAACCAGUCUGAAGUCGUUACCGGUUUGCAUACAUUACGCGGUAAAGCUACUGCUCGGAAUUGACCUUGCCGAAAGGGAUUUGAUCGUAAGUGAAAAGGGAUUACCUCAGCCUUCACCACAUCAAUUUCUGCAACCGCUGCUGGCCAAUCUACUGAUUCCAUUCCCCUCGCAAUACCUACGUGUCUACCAGGCCAUCAAAGCUUUCGCUCACUUUGACGAGUGCACCAAUCUGUUGGAUCUGUACACCUUCUUCGAGUGUGAUGGCAAGAACUGUUCCCGAUUUGUGAAUAUCGACAAAAUUCGAAUCGACUUCCGCCGAAGGAUAGCUGAAUGUAAGGUAAACAGCUGCGUCGCUUUGACCGAUGGUCUACUGAAACCUACUGGUCCAGAUCAGUAUUCGAUGGUCGAGCUCCUGCUGCCGCACUUCGUCGAAUUGAUCAAAUCGGAUGACACGUCAAUCCUAGCUGCCUGGAACCUAUUUGAUGCGAUCUCCACCGCUCUAGGGGUGAAAGAAACCCAACGAUACCUGCUGCAACCGAUUCUUCUGCUGUACGAGUCAGAGGACAAUGAAAUCCGAAUAAGCCAGCAGCCGCCACAGUAUCCAAGCAAAGAUCAAGCAACUCUGAAAUUCACCCGCAACACUUCCUUCAAGUCCCGCAAAUCGGUCAAACUGUACCACCACAUCUUCCUGCUAAAGCUGAUCGUUCGCUUCGGACUCCGGUGUUUUCUGGAAAACUUCAUCGCUCCGCUGGUAGAAGCGGUCGGUGGUUACAAGGAUGCCGAUUUGAACCAACCUUACCACUUUCACGAGAACCUACCACCGGGCGAGUUCAAACGGUCGCGAUCGUGUCGAAACUUUAAAUUAAAAAGUGAUGGCAGCGCUGACGACGGUGGCGAUCACGAUACGGAGUCGCCGUCGGUUUCGAACACGCUUGUGUCGCCGGAUGCUUCAGAUAAGACGCUUUCUCCGUCGACCGCACAGAACCUUCCACUGGAUGAAGCAUCUUACGGAGAGGACGACAUCGAAGAAAUGUUCACAUUCGACGAUGAUCAGCAGCAGUCGCGGGUGUCCAAGAAAAAGUACAUGACUGUCACCUCCGCUGGGACGGAUGAGUUCAGUGAUACCGAGGUGGAGACUGCAAUGAAGAAAAUCAUUGACGAUUUUGACUUGAAAGCCGAUAUUAGCAGUUUCGAUCUUCCGCUGAAUCAUUCACAGGCUGAGGAAGCGAUCGAGGACACAUUGGAAGAGGAAUCCGGAGAGAACAGUUUCAUGGAGCAGUUUAAUCUAUCAGUGAUCCUGACAGAUGCUGAUGAUCCGCAAGAUCCCAAAUCGCCAACAAUUCCGAUCCCUUCAUCCUUCCGAAGAAGUAUUGAACUCAACUCAAUCGGAUGUGAGAUCGGGAGUAAAAAGAGCAUUGACUCGCUGGAGUUUCUUUGCCGGACACCACGAGAUGAGAAACCUGAUAACGGUACCAAGAAUACGGUGAACCCUGUACAGAACACACCAAAAUCGGCGGAAUCCAACAAAACAAGAUCUACCCGAAUCUCCGAGAUGAGCUCGGAAAGUCUAAUCUGGCUAUCACAUCGACUAGGUCCCGUCCUAACUGCCCGUUUCUUGACCAGAAAUCUGCUGAAGAUGCUAACCCUCUGCUAUGUCGGACCGGAAAAUUUAGUCCCCAGCGACACCCAUGUCGGAACGCAUCCAGCUGGUAGCCUAAAUUAUUUCACCAUUGCCAACGGUUGCGUGACCGGCGACGAAGCCGCUCAGCGAGUUCUCGAAUGUCUCACAUCGAUCUCAGCCCUGUUCGGGGAUCAAUUCAUCCUUCUGCAAUAUUUCCCCCAUGCUAGCGAAUUGAUAGCUCUCUGUCGAAAGAAAAUGACACCCACCCUGGAGGGUGGCCUCAUCAGCUCCCUCCAGCUCGUCAAAAGUCUCAUCCCCUACCUCAACGACACUACCGUAAUGGACCAAGUUCAAGAUUUUCUUCUUCGCUCGAUCAUCCAUCCAAUCAUUCGUCUGCUGGAAUCCACUAAAUUCGUAAUGCCCAGCGGCUUCCUCGCCCGAUCCGUUCUAGCCCGUAAACUCAUCGACACUCUGUACGUAAUUUCGACUCGAAUUGGUCGCGAAAUGACCCGGGAGCAUAUCUGCGUUCCAGCUCUGCAACGUUUCUUUUUGAUAUUCGACAAAGCCUACGGUCACAACGAACAUCUGCGUGAAUUGAAACCACCACCGGAAUCCAGUCCGUCCAGCUCCGGAACGGACGAUUCCCAUUACAUCGAAUUCCGCCGGGACGGAGGAGUACGCGAACUGUCCGUUCGCGGUCAGGAAAUUCGUCAAGUUCACAUCAAGGGUCAAGAACCGCUGGACAGCUACACCCCUCCGAGUGCCCUUGAUUUACCCCUACCAACAGCAGCAGGUGAACCAAGUACCGCCACUGUUCAAGGAUCCGUUCGUUUCAAAGCCAUCGAUGAAAUCCGCGACGUUUUCACGCCGAACCUGGCCUACAGCUGCUUUGUCCCCUUCCUGAACUACCUCGGACAGUACGAAAUCUCGCAAACGGUUAAAAAUAUGUCCCUUAUUCUAAACCUCUGCCACGAUCACGAACAACCUGACUAUUCAACCGCGAAUAACCCAAGCCGAUCAGAUCUCGAUCAGCAGGAGGAAGAAAGUCAGUUGGAAUCGUUGAAUUGCUCCAACAGCUUCGGAUCAAACAUCGUCGGUAACCGGAUCGAGGUUCGCAACGACACCAACAAGAUCGAACUGGAACAGAAGGAACUGCUCGGAAUGGUCACCUAUCGGUUGGAGCAGGUCAACAGUUCCAGGAACUUACGGGGAAACUGGUUGGCGUACUGGGAACAUGAAAUUGGUCGCUCGGAAAAGGAUUAUCGAUUCAAUUUGAAACAGAUCAAGCUGCAAACCUAUAGCGGUCAUAGUAAUUCCGUCAAGGCGAUACUAGCGCUGGACAAUGAGAAUAGUUUCAUUUCCGGCUCCAAGGAUAAAACCGUCAAACUAUGGUCACUUCGGAGCGAAGGCGACGGAAGUAAGAUCUCCUCUUGUCAAUUUACCUACACGAACCAUCGCAAGUCGGUGCAUUCGUUGGCGUUUUUGGAAUCGUUGAGACUCACCAUUUCCUGCGAUUCCGGCGUCCACCUGUGGGACCCUUUCGUCGGCUCACAAAUCGGUCAGCUGGACGUACCGAAGUACACCCCGGUUUCGCUGGUGAAAACGUUUCCCUCGCCAAGCUGCCUGGUGCUGGCCGGAACCGCCGAUAGUUGCGUCAAAAUGAUUGACGCUCGUACCUUCAGCUACUGUCACGAGUGGCGAGUGUCGAAUGCUCCGGUUGGGUCGGUACGAACCAUUGCCGUAUCGCCGAGCGGUGCCUGGAUCGCGGUCGGACUCAGUUCCAGCCACAUAACCGUUCUCGAUAGCCGCACCGGAUUUAUCAUUUCCUCCUGGCGAGCGAACGAUAGCGAUCUGCUGCAGCUGCUGGCACCGAACGAAAAUCAACUAAUCAGCACCAGUUUGGAUUAUUCCGUGAGCGUGUGGAACCCGAACACCGGCAAUCUGCAAUAUAAUAUGAAAAACCGUCCCGAACCGGUCCACUGUCUGGCUAGCAAUGGUCCGGAGUUGAUUGUUGGAACGCCAACCAAUCGGAUAGGCGUGUACGGUUCCAUCAGUACCGAUACCACCUACUCGUACACGAAGCUUCGAUCGGAGACUUUUAAAGGUGUACUGACCAGUUUUGCGCUGCUGCCGCUUAAUCGGAUGCUGCUGGUCGGUGGGGACAAUGGCAAUAUAAGUUUGCUCUGUUAAGCUUACUGUUUGGUGUGAUAUUAGUAGCUCUUUAACUUGUGUUGCAAAAAAAAAGUGUGAAAAUCGUGUGAUCACAUUCCUUCCUUACGGACUCACUACACUGCUAUGGUGCAGUUGUAUGCAUUCCAAAAUAAUAUGCGUUUGUGAUGCAAAACUUGCCACUGAUGGCGUUUGAUAUUUUCUGAACCCGUAUCUUAUACAACCUAGUGGAAUCUCAGUAAGUAUUAUCGAAUAUUGUGAAUUUUCAUACCAAAUUAUUAGGUAACUAAGACACCCAGAAAUAGCAUAUUACCAAA